AUGCAUCAUACAUCAUUUUCUGCAAAAUCUAGUACGGCUGAAACGGAUGAUGUUUUACCCUGGCAAGACAAAUAUCGUCCAGCUACUCUUAAACAAGUUGUUGGGCAAGAUGAGACACUCAGCGUAUUAAAGAGCUUCAUGAUACAUAGAAAAUUUCCACACCUACUUUUCCAUGGACCUCCUGGGACAGGGAAAACAUCCACAAUUCUUGCUCUGGCGCGUCAGCUAUAUGGCGAUGCUGACAUGAGCCAGAUGGUCCUUGAAUUGAAUGCUAGUGAUGACAGGAGUGUGCAUGACGUCCAGAUACGGAUCAAAGCAUUUGCAAGCACAAGGCCCAUUUUCAAAGUUCCUUUACGGGAGAGUCCUUAUAACAUGUUUAAACUUGUUAUACUUGAUGAAGCUGACACAAUGGACCACACUGCACAAAUGGCCCUUCGUCGGAUCAUUGAAGAUUAUGCAGCCUUCACUCGUUUCUGCAUUAUCACCAAUAAUAUUCAUAAACUAUUACCAGCCUUGAUCUCACGGUGCGCACGGCUCCGGUUUCCACCUCUGCGACCUUCUGCGAUACGAACUUUGUUAUUGCAGGUCGCCACAACAGAAAAUAUUCAAGUCAGACCAGAGGCGUUAGAAUAUCUAUCUACUACCAGCCACGGUGACAUGAGGCAGGCUUUGGCCGUUUUACAAGAAUGCCAUCUAAAUAGUACGUUUUGGUCGGAUGAUGAACCUACCACGACUAUAUCUCGGAUAAAAUUUCUAAUGAUGGCUUCAGAAACCUCUCAACAGGCAUCGACAUCAAAUCUCCCUGCCCAGGGAGUGAUUACUGUGGAGACCAUUCAAGAGUAUACUCACACCCCUCUAUCUUCUGAUAUAUCGGUUAUCAUUGAGGGGGCAAAGGGUGACAAUUACAAUCGCUGCAUCAUCUCCAUCAAUCAGAUAAAGAGUGAGACGGGUCUUAUUCUUGCUGAUCUCUUAACUGCGAUCUCUGCUAGACUGCAGCACGCACAGGUGCCGGCCCCUGUCAAGAUUACAUGGCUGGACGCUCUUUCUGAAAUAGAGGCUAACCUAGCUUGUGGAGGCUCAGAAGAAAUUCAGAGUGCGGCACUGGUAGGAGCCAUGAAAAAGGGAUGGUCGUUAAUGGAACCCCAAGGGCCAUGUUCAGAGGAUUCUUGA